GUCGGAUAAUAUCGUAGAAUACACUAUAUUUGAGCCUUCUCACGAGGUAGAACGUUGAAGAAUCACACUAUGCACGCUUAUGCAUGAUUGCAUACUACUACCAGUAGUCUAGCACCAUGAGAGAUCUGGGGUACCAUGAAUUGCCUUUGGAGUCUUGGACCAUCCACACCUUCACGCACCUACGCCGACUUCACUGAUUGCUACAUGAUUCCCACGAAAUCACCGCCCUGACCAGUCUGCCACAGACCGUUGCGCGGACGUCACGACAAUCCUGCCCCUCGCAGACCCUGUUGGCAGCGCGGCACCAAUCGGUCGGUCAUGAGCAGUCGAGGCGCGUUGGCGACACAGCAUUCUUGAUUCCCACUAGCAUCCAACCGCCGCCAUGGACGCUGCAAAAUCAUCCGCGCAAGAACGAGAUGCGGCGGGCAAAGAUGCGCCCAAGCCGGGCGAUGCUGCGGGUGCAUCAGCGCCAGCCUCCGCAAAGGGCAAGCCUCGACUCUUGCUGAUGGGUCAGAGACGUUCGGGUAAAUCAUCUAUAUCCAGCGUCGUCUUCCACAAGCUGCCGCCGCACGAGACACUGUUUCUCGAGUCGACGGCACGCAUCCAGAAAGACUCCAUGGCGUCGUUCAUGGACUUUCAGGUGUGGGACUUUCCCGGCCAGAUUGACAUUCUCGAGAACCCCGACUUUGACAUGGAAGCCAUCUUUGGCCAGGUCGGCGCCCUCAUCUGGGUCAUUGACGCACAGGACGACUACCUCGAGGCCGUCGCCCGUCUCAACGCCACCAUCCUCGCCCUUCAGGGCAACUAUCCCCUCAUCAACAUCGAGGUCUUCAUCCACAAGGUCGACGGGCUGAGCGAUGACUACAAGCUCGACAUUCAGCGCGAUAUUACCAUCCGCAUCCAGGACGAGCUCAGUGACCACGGCUGCGAGAACGCGCCCGUCACGUUUCACCUGACGAGCAUCUACAACCACUCCAUCUUUGAGGGCUUCAGCAAGGUCAUCCAGAAACUCAUCCCCCGGCUCGGCACGCUCGAGAGCAUGCUCACCAACCUGUGCCGGACGUGCCGCUUCGAAAAGGCCUACCUGUUCGACGUCCUCAGCAAGAUCUACAUUGCCACCGACUCGUCCCCGGCCGACAUGGCCUCGUACGAGAUCUGCUCCGACUACAUUGACGUCAUCAUCGACAUCACCGAGGUGUACGGCACGUGGCAUCGCAGCGAGGACGGUCGGAAGAAGCUCGAGGGCGCGCCGUGGGGCGUCAAGCUCGAGGACCAGGUCGGCUGUGCGACGGCCGAGAGCUGUCUCGUCCUGCACGACAGCAGGAAGCCCAUCAUGCUGCGUGAGGUGGAUCGCUACCUGGCGCUCGUGGCGAUUAUGAAGGAGGACUCGUACGACAAGAUGCCCCUGGUUAACAUGAAUGUGGAUGCCGUUGUCGAGGGCCUCACAGAGUUCUUUAACAUUACGAGAAGGAAGGGUUAGCGUGUGUAGUACGUUCUUAUUCUAUCAAUAUCCAUCUCGGCGUCUUGAAAUAAGAAAC